AUGAAGUGGACUCUGAAAAUGUCACCAGUUACAGCCACUGACCUGAAUCUGUUCAUGAUGAUUGUCCUCCACAGCGCAAGUCCCCUCAGAGGCCCCCACCUGUCGCAGAAUCCUCCUUAUAGACAUUCCAACCACGUUCCGAGCUUCCCCACACCAGUUCCUGACUCAGGAACCUCUGAUUGGGGGGCUGGCUCAGCCCUGCUUCCCAUACUUUCCUGUCAGCAGAGGCGGGCUGGGCCCUCCCCAUCCCUGCCUUUACUCUCUGGUGCUCUGAGCUGCACCUUCCUGAAGUGGGCGGCCGUGGGGGUGCCCCCUGGAGAGGAGCAGAGAUACACGUGCCAUGUGCAGCACGAGGGGCUGCCCGAGCCCCUGACCCUGAGAUGGGAACCACCUUCUCACACCUUCAACAUCAUCAUCAUGGGCAUCGCUGGGGGCCUGGUUCUGCUGGGAGCCGUGGCUGGAGCUGUGAUGUGGGGGAGGAGGCGCUCAGGUGGAAAAGGAGGGAGCUACGCUCAGGCUGCCAGCAAUGACAGUGCCCAGGGCUCUGAUUUGUUCUCUCGGCUUCUAAAGCGCGAGGCAGCUGUCUUGUGGGGACUGAGUGAUGGAAGAUGUGUUCACGCUCCCACCUCCUGACUCAAGAACAUCCUAUGGGGGCGGCGGGGCUCCCCCGCCUUGCUCUCCACACUGUCCUGUCAGCAGAGGCAGGCUGGGCCCUCCCCAUCCCUGUAUUUACUCCCUGGGGCUCUGAGCUGCAACUUCCUGCUCCCUAUUAAAAUGAGAUUCUGGA